UACCAACCUUGAAAACAAAGAAAAGUUCAAAUAAAGAAAUUGAGAGGGAGAAAAUGGAGGAAGUUGGUAUUCGAGGCCAUGUGCCACAGACUAUUGUGUCUAUGCUGAAGAUCAAGACUGAAUGGAUUCGUGUAUUCCUGGCAGAGACCCUCUGCACGUACAGCAUGAUGGUGUUUGGCCUUGGGUCUGUAGCACAAGUGGUCAUGGGAGAUGGUAUAUUUGGAGAGUAUCUCAGCAUAAACAUAGGCUUUGCACUAGGUGUGGCUAUGGGCAUGCACGUUGGUGGAAAGGUGUCAGGUGCUCAUAUGAAUGCAGCCGUUUCUUUCACAAUGUCUGUGUUUGGCCGUUUGCCCUGGAAGAUGCUUCCCCUCUAUGUUUUCGCUCAGUUUCUGGGUUCCUUCUUGGCUGCGGGGACCGUGUUUGUCAUUUACAAUGAUGCUAUUUAUCAUUACUGUGGUGGCAAUUUCACCGUGUCUGGUCCCAAAGCAACAGCUGGAAUUUUUGCAACAUAUCCGGCCCCUUACCUCUCAAUCUACACCGGAUUCCUUGACCAGGUUCUGGGAACUGCCAUGCUGUUGCUGUGUCUAAUGGCUCUGGCUGACCAGAAAAACAAGCCGGUGGUACCCGGAGGGGAACCUGUAGGUGUGGGGCUUCUGGUGCUUCUCAUUGGGAUCUCGCUGGGGAGCAACAGUGGCUAUGCCAUCAAUCCCACACGAGACCUGGGACCAAGAAUCUUUACACUGAUGGCAGGUUGGGGCCUUGAGGUUUUCAGGGCUGGCAAUGGCUGGUGGUGGGUACCUGUGGUGGCACCUUUAUUCGGAGGAGUGCUCGGGGCUUUAAUCUACACAGCAUUUGUAGAGCUACACCACCCUGAUCACAGUAGCACAGAGGCGUUGUCUACAGAUGAUCCUGAAUGUGUUUCUCUGGACAAAUACAAAAACAGUACAGAGAUAUGUAUAUGAGAAUUCCACUCUGAGACCGGAUUAGUUUAGUACUGGGAGCAUUAAAAUUGAGGUUUCCAGGCAUAUCAUGAGAAACAGAUAUUUGGCGAGGCCAAGUUUCUCUGUGAAUGUAAAUCUGGGGUGUAUGUUUUUAUAGAGCUAUAAAGGAAUAAGCUAUUGAAAAACCAGGACACAGGACUGCCAAGAGUCUGAUUUUUAAUAAAUAUCAAGCGUACAACACUUCGGU